UUUAGUAAUUCCUUCCCGCCAAAAUCGUUUUCCGUGCAUUUUCCAUUUAUCGGAGAUGGAGGUGAGAAGAUGGAUCGAUGGAGACGAGAGCGCAGGGGAUAUGCUCGCUCGCUUUUCAAUCGAACGUCCCUUUUUGCUUCUUCCGCCGCUUCAUCGCGUUCCUCUACGCGUUGGCAAUGUGGUAGAGCUCGUCGGACCCUCUUCUUCUGCCAAAACUCUCAUCUUAAUUCAGGCUGCUAUUGGUUGCAUUCUUCCCAAGGACUGGAAUGGUGUUAACUAUGGAGGGUUGGGGCGGCUGGUCGUGUUCAUUGACCUCGAUUGUCGUUUCGACAUCUUAUGCCUUUCGACAAUGCUUAAGCAUCGAAUUAAGGAAGCUAAUGGAUUGCUGGUUAAGACAAAUGUCGAGCGGGAUCAUCUUGAUACACAAAAGUGUGAUGAAAGAAGGAAACCUCAUGUAGAUUAUGAUGAGGAACUAUAUGCUCUAUGCAUGAAACGGUUCUUGUAUGUCCGCUGUUGUGAUAGCUUUGAGUUUCUUGCCUCUCUUAAGACAUUGCAUUAUCAGCUUAAACAGGUUGAAGCAGCUCAACAGUCUAGUGUCUAUUUGCUAAUGAUUGACAGCAGUAUUGGAGCUUUUCAUUGGGUUGAACGUGCUUCAUCAUUUACUCAAUCAAGUACACACAGGAAAAGCCUUUCUCUUCAGAAUGUUUCAGAAACUGUUGUUCAAGAGAUGAGGAAGCUUCUUAGAAUGCAUCCUAUGCUUGUUAUAGCUACAAAAACAAUCAGCUUGGGGGACAGAUAUGCCAAUGAGAAUCAACGAAAAAAGUCUUUUCCGGAUACUACUAGUACUCACAAAGUACCAUAUCGCGAGUACAUGCCUUCUGUCUGGCAGUCUUUUGUCACGCACCGAAUACUCAUACGAGCUUCAGAUGAUCCUGCCACUGUUAGACAUCAACAAAUUUGCUCGGUCUAUUUAUCUGAAUGGCUACUGCCUCCAUCGAGUUUGUUAGACAAAUUUAUAGUGAAAGAUGGCUUUAUUUUUAUUGUUCCAUGAAGGUUGGAUUGACAUAUCGUGCAUUGUUUAAUAUGUUUAUUGGUUUCUCUUGUGAUUUAAGAGUCCAGUUAUUAUAGCCUGUUGGGUCAAUACGUAAGAAGCCAUAAAGUUGAGUUUAUCAUUAUUCCCGGAUUGUUCAGAUGGUGACAAGGAAUGAAACAGUAGAUUAAACUUACUGAAACUCUAAGAGGGAUGCUGUAUACCUUAUUUGCAUUGGAUGAAUGGUGAAAGGAAAUGCUUCAUGUAAUGGAGUGUUAUAGCAUCAUUAGUAAGAAGAUGGUUGAAUAUAGAUAGUAGAGUGAAAACCUUAUUGUCUUCUACAAAUAUGCUGGUGCCACACGAAAAAUCAGCAGAGACAGGCAUCAUUGCUUAGUUAGAAUUAUUUCUAAGUUAUCAUCUCUUUCUAUUUUCUAAUGACAUGCUUAAAUUUUGUACUUGAUUAUGCAAGGAAUUUUAGAGAGAUUUCAGGGGAUUGCGAGAAUAAAAGGAAAGUGAGGAGUUUGUUAGUGUCGAUAAUCUUGUUGAGAGUAUCUUGCUCAGUGGAGGCUCUCGAAUUUCUGGUGCUUGUAUUCCUUUGUCAUUAAAUUGAAAUACCAGUGUAAAUUUUCUCUUCUACUGUUCUGGUGUUGUUAAUUUGGUAGUUAAAGGUAGAAUAAGUUUGUGAAUGUAGAUGUUUGAUUACAAGUAACAUGUUUUGGAAGGCAGUAUUAAAGAACAAAGUUUUGAAUUUGUUAUAUAUUUUCAUUAGCUUCCAUUCUUAA